CAAACAAAAAAACAUACCCAGAUUCAAAUUUUCUAAUUCUAAUCCAAAUUUUUCAAAAAAAAAAAAAAAAUCCGAACAAGGUCGUUAUCUGAUUAUCCUCGCGCGCCGUUCAUCUUCACACAAUUUACGGCUUUAAAGCCCCCCUCUACUAACCCCCACAUUGUAUUCUUCGUCGAUCCAAAUACAAACCAUAAAACCGUCUGUUCGGCUCCACCAGUUCCAUUUCCUCCACUCUCAAAAACUCAGAGUGGCAUUUGGCACCACCAGGAAGGAAGAUUUGAGUCUCUUUUUUUAUUUUUUUUAAGAGACGACUGUGUUUUUGUUUAGGGAACUUGACAACUGUACGGCUCGGUUUUUCUGGGUUUCGGUCGUUAUGGGUUGGCGGAAUCUUGGAUCCCUUUUUCCUUAUUUCCGCAAUAUCUUUAACUUCCAGGUGCAGGGUGAUCAACUGGGCACGUACACCAUCAAGUCUCAUGGAGCCGCGGUUGCCAAGAACCACAAGCAUGACUGGCUCAUACUCGUGCUUCUUGGUUUGAUCGAGAUAGUCUUGUAUAUCAUUCAACCUUUCCACCGUUUUGUGGGGAAGGAUAUGAUGACUGACCUCAAGUACCCCAUGAAAGCAAACACUGUCCCUGUUUGGGCUGUUCCUAUGUAUGCAGUCUUGGUUCCUAUUGCCAUUUUUCUUUUCUUCUAUGCGCGUAGGAAAGAUGUGUAUGAUCUUCACCACAGCAUUCUUGGCCUGUUAUUUGCUGUGUUGGUUACUGCUGUCAUUACUGAUUCAAUAAAAAAUGGAGUUGGGCGUCCUAGACCAGAUUUCUUUUGGCGUUGCUUUCCUGAUGGAAUCGAUAAUUAUGAUAAGUGGGGAGAUGUGGUGUGCCAUGGUAAGGCCAAGGACAUAAAGGAAGGACAUAAGAGUUUCCCGAGUGGCCAUACUUCAUGGUCCUUUGCAGGCUUAGGCUUCCUUGCCUUCUACUUGAGUGGAAAGAUUAAAGUUUUUGAUCGAAAAGGGCAUGUUGCGAAACUAUGCAUUGUCUCCCUUCCUCUACUGGUUGCAUCUCUCGUUGCAGUGUCCAGAGUAUCUGACUAUUGGCACCAUUGGCAAGAUGUGUUUGCUGGAGGUCUUUUAGGAUUUGUUGUGGCUGCAUUUUGCUACCGGCAGUUCUUCCCUGCCCCUUAUCAUGAUCAAGGAUGGGGUCCUUAUGCAUAUUUCCAAGCAUUGGAGGAGACGCGUAGCAAUUCAAGCUCGGCGUCCACUGCAAAUGCACUCAGUGUGCAGGUCAUGGGAGUUCAGAACGUUACUCAACCUGUUCCUGCACAAAAUGGUGUUGCAUUUUCGUCAUAUGCUUCAAAUCAAUAUACAAGCCUUAAGCUAGAUGAAAUGGAAUCUGGGAGGAGGUGAUAAUAAUAUUGUGCAUCUUCAUCAUCUCCUUCGCUACUUAAUGACUUAUGUGUAUACUAGUCCUAGUUAAACACAUCCUUUGUAGCCUGGAUGCUAUAUGCAGAGCUUAGUUUGAUGGUCACGGUUUGUGAAUACACGAAUGCUUUGCUUUGUCAAACUAGAAAUAAUCACUCUCCUCGGAUAACAGUUAAUACCUA